AUGCUGCCAUUGUCUGCCCGCGCUGCACGCACAUUGCUCCGUCCCUCGACGGUAUCGGCGACCCGGCGCGCGUCUACUGCUGCUGCGCCCGGCCCAGUCACUCGCGUCACGACACUCCCAAACCGCGUGCGCGUGACCACCGAGGCCAGCCCCGGACAUUUCCACGCCGUCGGCGUAUACGUUGAUGCCGGGUCGCGCUUUGAGAGCCAGCGCACGAGCGGCGCGUCCCACUUGUUAGACCGACUUGCGUUCAAAAGCACCGACAAACACAGCGACGAGGAAAUGAUGACCCUCAUCGAUCAGCUCGGCUCGCAGAUUACAUGCAGCUCGUCGCGCGAGACGAUAAUGUACCAGUCGACCGUGUUCCCCCAGUCGCUCGACCUCGCCAUGUCGCUUCUUUCAUCGACGAUCCUCCACCCCCUUUUGCUUCCCGAGGAGCUCGAGGCGCAAAAGGCCGCAGCCGCAUACGAGAUUAGAGAGAUCUGGGCCAAGCCCGAGCUCAUUCUUCCCGAAAUCAUGCACACGGUCGCGUUCAAGGACAACACGCUCGGCAUGCCACUCCUGUGCCCUGAGAGCCAGCUCGAUGUCUUGGGCGACGCCGAGAUCCGCGGCUUCAUGCGCGACUGGUACCGUCCCGAGCGUAUCGUGGUUUCGGGCGUUGGCAUGCAGCAUGAGGAACUGGUCGAGCUUGCCGACAAGCACUUUGGCAGUGUACCUGCCAGUAGCGAGACGCAUGUGCAGAGCUCGCUUCGGCCCGGUGCGUCGGCGCAGCCGCUCGGAGCGAAGGGCUUUGCGACAGUCGUAAACCCCCCAUUGGAGAGCGACAGGCACCUCGCAGCCGCCAAGGCAGUGUACACUGGCGGCGAGGAAUACAUGCUCAAGCCCGAGGAGGAGUUUGUGCACCUCUACAUUGGCUUUGAGGGUCUCGGUGUCCACGAUCCCGACAUUUACGCUCUGGCAACACUGCAGACUCUGCUCGGUGGCGGUGGUUCGUUCAGUGCAGGCGGACCUGGCAAGGGCAUGUACACGCGCCUGUACACAAACGUUCUGAACCGUUACCACGCGGUCGACUACUGCGCCGGUUUCCACCACUGCUAUGCCGACUCUGGUCUUUUCGGCAUUGCAAUGAGCGUGUACCCUCAAUUCGCGGGGAGUGUUGCCAACAUUAUCGCGCACCAGCUGGACACGCUUACUCGGCCGCAGAAGGGCGGUAUUUCCCAGAUCGAGCUCCUGCGCGCAAAGAACAUGCUCAAGUCGCAGCUUGUUAUGGCGCUCGAGAGUCGGUUGACUGCUGUCGAGGAUCUUGGGCGGCAGACGCAGAUCCACGGACACAAGGUGCCGGUCGAGGAGAUGUGCGCCAAGAUUGACGCGCUGACGAUUGAUGACCUGCACCGGACGGCUACACGUGUCCUGCGGCCGAGCUCUCGCACCGUUCCGCUCAACUAUGGUUUGGGCAGCGGUGAGCCUACGAUUGUAGCUCAAGGCCAAGUCGAAGCACUCGGCGACGUGCGCGGAACGCUGCGCGCGUGGGGACUGGGCAAGCAGCCCUUCUAA